AUGGAGAAUCCAGCGAGAGAACUCGAGAGUAUAGUCUGCACCCUCACCCAGGGGACCCCGGAGGAGCAGCACGACACUAUCUACCGCUACUUCGCUCCGGGAGCAACCUUCGAGCACCCGUUCUGCCGCGUGCCUUCGUUCAAGAAACUGCGGGUACCCGGGGUCGGCGAACUGGACUCGCGGGUGCUCAUUGCUGCUAUCUAUAGGUGGUACAAGAUUCUGAGCCCCAGGAUCAGUCUCAAAAUCGAGUCAUGCGUCGUCGACGAGAGAACCAACAUCGCCUACGUGAAGGUUUUCCAGAUCUUCUCCAUCUGGUUCGUGCCCUUCCACCGCGCCCCCGUGCGCCUCGUCUCGGUGCUGCACCUGGCGCCCGGCCCCGCGCCCUCCUCCGAGGAAACCAUAACCCCGCCGCCGCCGUAUGACGCCGCCCAGGAGAAGCGCCAGGCCGUCCAGGAGGGCACCAAGCCUAGCUACGCCGCCGUCACCACCGGUCAGGCGGCCCCUGCCUCCACUUCUACUACUUCUUCGCAGCAGCAGCAGCAGGGCGGUGAAGGGCCCAAGCGCUAUUACAUCCAGAAACAGGAGGACCUGUACCAGGUGACCGAGUUUGUCAAGUUUGUCGCCUUGCGCCCCGGGGCCGCGGUGGUUGGCUUCUGGCAGCUGAUCGCUACGCUGAUGUGCCUGGUCGGAGCAGUCCUGCUGAGCCCGCUUGUGAGGGCUCCGUGGCAGGCGGUGAGGGCUCCGUGGCCUGCUGCUGGGGCGGUGAAGGAGAAGGCAAUGAAGGCGAAGACGACGUAG